UUUCCGUCUACGCCUACUUCUAUCUUUCGUCUGUAUGUAAAACAUCGAACUCCGAAUAGUACUUAUAAAUGGUGUUUAGUGGCCUUUGAGGAUUCACUUUAUAGCAGUAGCAGUUCGCAUUGCCUUCUAAAAUUUGUUUUGAAGAGGGAAAAAGCCGGAGAUGAGUUUCUUAUUUGGAGGCCGUUCAUCAAAGACUUUCAAGCCCAAGAAGAACAUCCCAGAAGGCUCUCAUCAGUAUGAGCUGCUGAAACAUGCAGAGGCCACCUUAGGAAGCGGAAACCUCCGGGCUGCUGUGAUGUUACCAGAGGGAGAGGACCUCAACGAGUGGAUUGCGGUUAAUUCUGUGGACUUUUUCAACCAGAUCAACAUGCUCUAUGGCACAAUCACUGAAUUUUGCACAGAAACUAACUGCCCUGUCAUGUCUGCGGGGCCAAGGUAUGAAUAUCACUGGGCAGACGGCACCAACAUCAAAAAACCCAUCAAGUGUUCUGCUCCCAAAUACAUUGACUACUUGAUGACCUGGGUUCAGGAUCAGCUGGAUGAUGAAACUCUCUUCCCGUCUAAGAUUGGCGUUCCUUUCCCGAAGAACUUUAUGUCAGUGGCAAAGACUAUACUGAAGCGUCUGUUCAGGGUUUAUGCUCAUAUUUACCAUCAGCAUUUUGACUCGGUCAUGCAGCUUCAGGAGGAAGCUCAUCUGAACACCUCCUUCAAGCAUUUUAUCUUCUUUGUACAGGAGUUCAAUCUCAUUGAUCGCAGAGAGCUGGCACCCCUGCAGGAUCUUAUUGAGAAACUAGGCAGCAAGGAUAGAUAGACACUGAUAUGAAUAACAUAUUGGUCAGCCUUAAUGCAUUUUCCAGAAAGCCUUUCUUAUUGUCCUGUCCAUUUUUUGAUUGUCUUCGUUGUUUCUCAGCUGUGCUUCCUGAAGCUCAUGGAAGUUGUCGUCCUGAAAACUCUUGAUUUAUGUGCAGCUUUUCUGUUUUUUUUUUUUUUUUCUGUUGUCAGUAUUACACUGUAGGUCUUUUUUUUAUGUGUUUGUGAUGGAUGGGGCUAUAAAACAAAUAUCAGAGUUUAGUUAUGAUGGAAGUAAAAAUAAAACCAUGAUUUUUAGUCAGUACUUUUAUAAUGUGUGAACAAGAAACUAAGAUGUAUUGGAGGAAGGGAUCAAUAUUAAAAAAAAUUAUUUUUAUUUUUUAUUAUUGUUUUGUACUAGUUUAAAGACAAAAAAUAUUUUGGAUGUUUUCGUUUCUGUGUGGCUGCAUAAUUCAACAGUGAAGAUUAUCAUGGGACUCUUUAGUUGUAGCCGAAUCUCAAGAGAUUUUAGAUUUAGACUUUUAAGCAGUAUUUCAUGCAUAAUGAAAGCAUUUAGUUUUUCCUUUUUUAUUUUGUUUCUACUCACAAUAAAUACUUUCUACCAUGUUUAUAAUCAGAUUUUUAAAAGC